AGAGGAGAUGAAUAAAAUUCAUGUGGGGCUGUCUUUCUUAACAUUUACCCAAAAUUGACUUCACACUGCCAGGGUGCGUUUAACGAGUUUCUGGAAACUUCGCGUAGAAGUCAUAUGCGCCCAAUUCAUGAUUUAAUACAUCAAGAUUACAACUGCUGCUGCUUAUUUCCCUGCAUCGGGGGAGAUUCUUUACAAGCGCAUAUACGCAGUCCAACAGAUUCUUACGUCAGUGGCGAAACCAUUUACGUUUUUGUUGAUGUUAAUUUCAGUUCAGCAACAGUAGAACUGUCUCAAGUGAAGUUAUGGUUGGAACAGACACUGAAGUUCGAUUAUAAUAACGGUAAACAGAAAUUACUGCGCAAGAUUAUAGUCCCGACUCCCUGCAAUGGUCCAUUUCUUCCUCAAACAACGAUUGAAGUGGGAUUACAGGUGCCAAUUUUACUUCACUCGGAUUUUCCACAUUGUCGAUUUUUGAACGUAGACUAUCGUCUGCAUGUUGAACUGACUUUAUCGGGAUGCAAUCGGUGUAUCGAGAGAGCAUACGACAUCAAGAUUGGAUCGAAAUCGGUGCAAACCCGACGCUUGGAUUAGUCAAAGCCAUCAACCAGCUGAGCUUUUCCAAAUGAUGUGACAUGCUAAGAAACUUGCCGUUCAACACCAGCUGUAGAAAAGAUACAAAAUAACCAAACGUUUUAUGAAAUGAAAUAUUCAACAUUCCGUGAUAUUUUGUGAGGUUAUCAUUUUAGAGUGCUUAUUUAACGAAUAAUUAUUCUCAGUAAACCCGAAUCGAGUUUGUACCAUGGUUGAACAGCAGGUUGUUGGGAUCAUUAUUGCUGUAUUGUUGCCAGACCUAUUUCGCCAAGUUAUAUUGAAUUUUAUUAAGGACGUUCAAUUUUAUACCAUUCUAUAGUAUAAUAUAUCAUUUUUUAAAAUAUUUUGUAAGUGAAGGCCCUCGG